AUGACAGAGGCAACAAAGUCGGAGACACUCGCCGACACAGGCCUUGAGACCAUGAAACUUUUCAAUAAGGUCAAUUCUAUUGACAACCCUGCUUCAAAUCCAAGACACAGAGCAUGGCCCAAGGCCCAAUUUGCGGCAGAGGCCGACCGCUUUGAGCUGUGGGCCGUGAAUUUAGGUCUUUUCGUAUCGGGACAUGGCUCUCUGGAUUACCGUGUUAGGCAGGCAGAGAGCAUUCAACAUACAUUACAAAGAUUCAUAACAGCUCUUAACAUCUCGUUGAUCGAAGUGCUCGAGUACGCCGCAGCAAAUAACGACCCACCGACAACAGAGUCGCGAGGAGAUCCAGCAGACGACCUUUUGAACAUAGAGUCCCCGGACGUCGAUACAGACUCAGAUAUAGAUCUGCUUCUGGACGAUGUAAAAGAUCCUAUUGACCGACUCUUUAAGCUGUCAAUAUGGAUCCGCAAUCCAUCAUCUAGAUUCGCGUCAUCAAAGGCGCUACGCCAUCAACAAAUCGAUCCGGAGUCUAACGUUGACUUCCUGAAGGCGGUCAAGAAAUUUGACUACGAUUAUGUCAGCUCACUGUUUUUGCAGUAUCGGAAGUCAAGAGUUCGAAAGGAGCAUCCGGAGAUCUAUCCACCAGAAACCAGUGAUAAAGAUGUGGACGAUGUGGACUUUGUGUGGGAGCCAAUCCGGACUGUGCUGUCGCAACAUAAAGCCAACCUCUUGAAGGACACCGAGUCAUUCCUUAUCCGUCGUAUAGCCCUCGCAAAUGUCCGCCGGAGACAGCAGUUUUCCUACUGGAAGAAACAUCGGGGAAAGCUCAGUCAACAUUCAAAGGCAGCCACACAAAACAUAGAGGUACGCAAUGGCAUGGCUACAAUUCGACUCAACAUAGAUAUACCAGCCAACGAAGCCUCAACUGCCUUAAUACGCCCUUCCCAAUCUGUUACUACUGCUAGUCGUUUGAACGUUCCUCAGUUGAAUGUCAGGGAUGACCUAUCGAAUGCGUCUGUUUCCGAGUAUGCUCCUUCACUUUGGCAGCCCGGCAAGGAGAUUGUGGAUUUCCCACCAGCGCCACUCCUGCCACUGAACGAAAGGUUCUUCGAGUGUCCCUACUGUUUCACAUUGUGCUCGAGAGAACUUCUAAAUGAAAAAGCAUGGAAGUAA